UAAAUGGCAGGAGUGAUUCCAAGUACCUUCAAUUUAGAUCCAUUAUUCGGUGUGUUUGCUCACAGGCUAUAUCUCUGGUAGCUUAAUUUACUUGUGUAUUUGCCUUGAGAAGUACAGCUCUAACAGUGGAAGAUUUAAAUCCAGUUUACAGCGUUUCUGUUUCACUGUCCUCCUGGCCUGCUCUUUCAUGUUCUCUGCUGCCCAACCCCAUUAACUGCUGUUAAUGGGGUUAAUGUUAAUUAACUGCUGUAGUAUCUCCCUGGAUUGCCUGUACAACACAUCUGGGGGAAACUGGAGCCUUGCUGAAGUCAUUCCUUCCCCAUGAGCUAGGAAGAAAUCAGAAUUUCAUCCUCUGAAUCCACUGAGUAUGGAUUCUUAAUUUCUCUGCAAUAAAUAACCCCUGCCUUGGCCCUUUCUGGCUAAGUCCAGCCUCAGGUGGAGUCCAGAGCAAAUCCUCCACCACCACAAAGUCAGCAAGUAUGUUUUGCCACUUUUAGUGGCUUUGCUAAAUCGAGAGAUCUGGGAAUGAUCUGGACUUAUCUUGGUUAUCUGAGAUGGCAGCAGAGAGAUCAGCCAGUACCUGCUCAAUCAGCCAGCACUAAAAGAGCUGCAUUAUUGUACUCAACCUUAUCACCUAAGGACAAUUUCACCAAACUUGCUAAAUCUGCCAGUGAAGAACAAACUGAAACAACCUGAUUAUUUUUCAAAGGUCCUAGAUUAAAAUAACAGAAUCGAGGAUUGGAAAUAUCAUUGAAGUCCACAGAAGACAGAACUCUAGACAGGCUCAGCUCUGAUGAUCUUCCUGUGACAGACUUCUGUGUCAGCGCUCUGCGGUUCCUCAUUCCUGCCUGCUCCCAUCUUGACCUUCUGCUCCAGGAGGAAGUUCACAGACUGCUGUUUGUUUGGGGCUGAGGCACUGAGCUGAAGCCAUCCCCUUUGCAAACCCCUCAUUGACAGCCCCUGGCCACUCAGCCAGGGCCCCUUCACACAGCAGGGGAGAGGAGAAAUAUCAGAGUAAAACCCCAUGUGGGAGUCGCAGUGCUGAUGUUGGGUGCCUGUAAAUCACUGCUGUGUCCUCAGGGGAUGGAAGAUCUUCUUUCAGCCACUGACACAGUCAGGAUCUCUCUGGGGUGUAACACAGUCCUGAGGACUGCCAUGAUGGGGAGAAAGUCUGUGCUGGGGGUCCCAACCACUGCACUGCACUGGGAAGCUGCUCAUCCUGCCCAGGACCCAAACGUGGGAAACAGGGAAAUGACAAGUCACAUCUGAUGGUGAUGUAACAGUGAUAACACAGCAUGGAUGUGGCUUGAAAAAUUCCCCAGCAACUCAGCCAAAGUGGCUCUUUGAAGAAAUGCUUCUGUCUGUUUUCAGGUAACUGAGCUGCCCUCGAAAUCCUCAUGCAGCAAAUACCUUUGUAGGCACCUUCCCUGUACGUGUUCCAUCCCGAGCCUCUACCUCUGAGCCACUUCUCCCAGCCGUCCUCUCAUUCCAAGGGAAGGGUGGGAAGGAUGCACUGUGAAUUUCCAGGCAGUGGCAGGAAUGCAUCUCCAAGGAAGAUGAAGUGGAUGGAGUGGGAAGCUUCUCAGCACAAAGCAGGUUUGCCAUCCUUAGCCACUUUUUGAAUUUAGAUCUUGCUGUUACUUGUUUUGGCUCAGCACCAGUCAGCUGGGAAGGAAGGAGUUACUUGGUGAUCCAAGGGAAAAGCCACAGCUCCUCUUGCCGUGGCAAGGCAUUGAGAGGGAAGGGGAUUCUGGAGAUUUGUUCUUUCUGCUCUUUCCAAGGGGCAUAUUGGAAGAAAGCCAGGGAAGUGGAUUUGCUUUUUGUAUUUGGGUUUCUGAAACUUUUAGUGGAAGCAUUUAAUUCUGGGGGAAAACAGCAUUGUCACUCAAAACCCCAUAGCUGUGAGGAAAAAAAAAAAAAAGUGGUUUGGGUAGGAAAUUAGACACUUCUGCUUGAGAAAACAAACUAAAGCAGCCCAGCUCAAGCUGGCAGCCCAUUCCAGAGUCAGGGAGCAGCAGUGCAGGGGGUUGGAUGGCUGUCCAUCAUCCCAAUCUAUCAGAACAGGGAAAGCAACCUGGCAUCCCAACCAGUCCAUCAACAGGGGCUGACCUGCACUCAUUCUGCCCCAGUCCCUGCAUCCCUGCUCUGGCCAGGCCCUCUCAAAACUCCCCAAAAUCCUUUGGGCUCUGUGCAGAAGGGCCUUUGGUCCUUGCUGGGAUGGGCAUAAUGCUGGAGGAACCUGCUGCAUUUUGGCAUUUUCCUGGGAACCCAGUGACUAUUUCAGAGAAAAAGCAGAGUCUCCGUCAUGGAACACCCCAGGGUGAGUCAUGAGCCCUGGGUGAAGGGGAGGAAGCAACUGUCUUAAAAAGAAAACAUCCAGUGUCUGUGGGUAAGCACUGCCCAAAGAAGGGGCAGGAGAAGACAGCUUGGAAUCUUGGAAUGCUCUUUGGACAUCCAUGUGCAGGUGGGCCUGGCUUCAUCCUGAAGAAUUUUUUGUGAAAAACCACAGAGAAAAUUCCAACUCAGGAGCAAGAAGCUGGAAAAUGAGGAUUUUCUUGGUUUGGACCCUUUUCCUCGUGAGAGCCACGAGCACAGGUGGCCAGGCAGUGACAGGCCCCAGGCAGGUGACAGUUGAGCAGGGCAGCUCGCUGGCAGUGUCCUGUAGCUACAAGCCACGCUACAAGCUCAACUCCAAGUACUGGUGCCGCAAAAACUCCCUCCGGGUUUGCUUCACCUACAUCAUCCAAACCGAUGGCUCAGAGGUAACAGUGACACAGGACAGGCUGUCCAUCAGGGACAACCACACAGCAAAUUCAUUCAGAGUGACACUGAGCAGUGUCACACUGGAGGAUGCAGGCCAGUACUCCUGCGGGGUGAAGAGGAGACUGGGGAUCAAUCGCUGGCACAGCACCAAGGUGAUGGUCUCUGCAGCUGUUUCAAACACAACAGAGGACAGCAAUGUGAGCCUGUUGACCACCAACCCUCUGUGCCCCAGAGGCUGUGGGGAGACUCCAGUGCUGUCCCAGCUCAGUGUCAUCCACUUGCUGCUUCUUCUCAGCAUCAAGGUGCCCAUGGCAUUGGCUGUGGUUUGUGGAGUGGCCUGGGUGAGGAGCUGGCGCAGGAGCCAUGACCAGGAAAACCUGCAGGUCUUGGAGGUGUCCAGCAGCACCAGGGCACGGGGCUGCCCACUCAUCCCAACCAUCUCUGAGCCCCAGGGAUGCCCUCCUGUCCCCAUGGUCCCCACCCUGCUGGGGCCGAACCACCCCUCACGGCCACCCCGUGCCAGAAGGUGCUUGGCUCCAGGUACUUCUGCCCCUGGAAAGCCUGAGCCUCUCCUGGCAGCCCCUGCACUGGAAAGGGAAGGGUUUGGGGUGCAGAGACCCUGUGUCUGUUGAGCUGCAGCUGCCAACUCAAGACAAUUUUGCAAUAAAGGCUGGGUAUC